AUGCCGUCUCAUAUCAAUCACCGAUGUGAUCACAAUGAGAGUAGAAGAAAAAUCUGUGCAUUGUGCGGGAGGAAAAUCAAUCGUGGUUCUAAAAGUUUGGAAUUUUUCCGUAUCACAGAUCAUGAAUUGGCGAUAAAAAAGUUCCUGAAUAAGAGUUUCAAUUUACAGGAUCCUCGUUAUCCCACAGGGGUAUGCGUUACUUGCCGACUCAUUCUGCAGGAACACAAGAAAAAUGAAAGUACGCAUCCAUUCAAAAGUAUGCCGAAUUGGGAAGAUAUUAUUCUUCAGAAAUCCACAAGAAGUAGUUCUGCACUGUGUGACUCAUCGUGUAAUUGUUACAUUUGUUUGACAGCCAGUCACAAAGGUCGAGCAAGGACAGGGAAAAAAUUGGAUAUCGGUGAAAUACUCGAUCCGUGCAUAGUUAUUCAUCGUGGUUAUGGAGUACAUGCAUCUCAACAAUCAAAAGCGAAAGCGCGGGAAAAUAUUUUAAAACUGACUAGUACUCUACCAGUGAAACAGAAAGAGCAGAUUUGUUCAUCUCUUAUCUCAGAUGUAGAAAAAGUGUGCAGGCUGGGGAUCGAUAAUGGAUUAACGAUUAGUUUGAGCACGACUGGUCGCAAUAAAACUAUUUGGCUCGAGAAACCGGAUGAAUCACCUAUAUUUUCGAUCGAAAAAUUAAAUGCCUACCAAGUUGAAUCCGGAGCAUCAGAUUUAGAAAAAAACCCUGUCAAACAGAAAAGGCCUGUCAUUUGGGGUAAUGCUGAAGAAAUCUUGGAUACGGUAAUAAGUAAACGCAAUCUUAUUGGGAAUUACCUUUUCAAAAUAAUGGCUGAUGGUGGUCAAGGUUUCUUCAAAGUAUGUAUGACCAUCAUUCCAGAGGAUUAUUUGUCCGAAUCCAUCGCAGAUUCAAAUGAAGAUCAUUCGUCGGCGAAAAAACACAAAGUAGACAAAGUAACAAGUGUCCAUAAACUAAUUAUGUUGGCAACAGUACCUGCGAUUAAGGAGAGUUAUGAGAAUGUGAAGAUAUUAUUUUUUGAUUUGAUAGUUGAUCCUCCCACAAAUGACGAGAACAACGGAUAUUUUCCCGAUGAAGAACUUCUGGCGAAGAAAACUUACGGUGAUCUGCGCAAAGAUUAUCAAGAAUUCGUAUCUUUGGGUUGCGAUAAAAAAGUUGCGAACAAGUCCAGGAGUACCAUAAAUACACCUCUAUUCGUCGAGGAUGGUAAUGUUCCAGUACUGCAGAAGUGCAUUAUCCCCGAAUUGCACAUUCUCCAAGGGUUUGUGAAUCAUUUGUUUUGGAUAGUUCUCGUACCUCUUCUCGGCAAGGAAAAAGCUCUGCUCUGGCCCCAGAAAUUAAAAUUGGUAUCAAAAAACUAUCAUGGAGAGGCUUUCGAAGGGAAUGCCUGCAGAACUUUACUUAAGCGAGCAGAUGUGCUAUUGGAACCAGAAAUCAGUGAACACUUGGGCGGAUCUCUAGCUCUUCAACCAUUCAUUGCGGCUUUUAGAGCUAUGGAUAAAAUUGUGCACUCAUGCUUUGCGGUCAGGAGGGUUCAAUCUGAAUUGAGUCAUCACAUUAAAGAUUUGAAGACAGCUCUUCUCGCAAUAGACGUAACUGAAACUCUUAAAAUUCACAUUACUCUAUGCCACAUUGAAGAAAGUCUCGAAUUCUUGAACGAUGAUGAAGGUUUUGGUUUAUGGUCCGAGCAGGCUGGCGAAUCGAUACAUAGAGAAUUCCUAAAGUUUUGGAAUAGAAUAUUUAAUUAUUUAAAAUAAACAGAGCAACCGUGGAA